CGGGUGCUGUAGCGGGAAAAGUGAAGCCCGACUGGAGGACUACCCCCGCCUCGAAUACCCCAGAUUUGAUUCGCCAACAAGUGACUGCAUUUUUGUGAGAUUAUAAAUGUACCAAGGAGGUUAACAAAACUAACUCAAGAAGAAUGGAAGAAGGUCAGCUGGAAGCCUCAAAUCUUCCUCCAAAAAUCUGGCAUUCUGAGGUGAGAGUGUCAGUGACAGGUGAACCACCUACUGCUGUAGAAGAAAAUGAAGAAACAGCCAAAGAAACAGCCGUAGAAAUCAUCCCAGAAGUCAUGGAGCCACUCUCCCUUCUAGAUGUACUGAGGAUCUCUGCAGUUCUGGAGGACACCAUAGACCAGCUCUCUAUUCUAAACUAUAUCAUGCCAGUUCAGUAUGAAAAAAGAAAAAAUAUCAGCGUGAAGAAUAACAAAGAAAUAAAUUUAGAAGGAAAAAGCUUAGAAAAACUUUCACCGGUCUCAAAACCCUCAAAACUAUCCAGUCCAUUCGUACAUAAAGAAGAGCCCAAGUUACCAGAAAUCAGACAAGGAGGCCAGUUUAACAAAGUGCAAGAUCUUAUCUUCAAAGAACCUACAAGGCAGAUCAUAAUGAAUACAGAGACACUGAAGAAAAUUCAGAUUGAUAGGCAAUUUUUCAGUGAUGUAAUUACAGAAACCAUGCAGGAGUUGCAAGAUUCAGGCACUUUCACCAAUCUCCUGAAAGCUUUGGGCAAAGAGAGGGAAAACAAAAUGCAUUUCUAUAAUAUCAUUGCCAGGGAGAAAAAUGGAAGAAAAAAGAUAAAAUCUCUUCAAAAACAGCUGCUUAAUGUCAAAAGAGAAAGGCAAGCUGAAGUACAGAGUCGGCAUGAAUAUAUUGCUCACCUUAAGAACGAGUUGCAAGAGAUGAAGGCAAAAACCAACAUGGAGAAUCGCUAUAUGAAGAGAAACACUGAGCUGCAGAUUUCCCAGACCCAGAAAAAAUGUAGCAAAACAGAGGAGCUCUUGCUGGAAGAGAUUGAGAAACUAAGGCUGAAAACUGAAGAAGAGAACCGGAUUCAUGCAGAGAUUGAAAUAUUCCUUAGAAAGGAGCAGCAGAGCCUUGAGGAGAAGCUGGAGUUCUGGAUGGAGAAAUUUGAUAAGGACACAGAAAUGAAACAGAAUGAACUAAAUGCUCUCAAAGCUGCUAAGGCCAGUGACUUAGCACACCUUCAAGAACUUGCAAAGACGAUAAGGGAAUAUGAACAAGUCAUCAUUGAAGAUCGUAUAGAAAAGGAGAAGACCCGGAAGAAGAUAGAACGGGAUCACUUGGAAUUAGAGAGCAGCAUAAAGCUCCAGGCCUGGUGGCGAGGCACUGUGGUACGGAAGGAAAUUGGUGGUUUCAAAAUGCCCAAGAAGGGCAAAGAUGAUGGCAAGGAUUCAAAAGGUAAAGGUAAAGGCAAAGACAAGGACAAGCGGAGAGGCAAGAAGUGA